AUGGAGACAAAAGGGAAUUGCAAAAAUAUUCUGCCUUGAUGAAAAGUCAAGGAUUGUGAGCUUGAUGCAAGAUCUUUUGACGAAAUUGACUCAAAUUAUAGUGUUAGUGACAGUGAAGACAGUUUGUUUUGAGAUGAAGAGUUUUGGGAUAGAGUUGAAGAAAUUCUUGGAGAUGAAGGAACAGUUUCUGAGGACAGCGAAGUUGAAGAGGAUGAAGAAAAAGUAGAAGAGGAUGACUGGGAGCAAGAAUUGCUGCGAGCUGUUGGAGGAUUGGAGGGAAUAGUGAUGGAUGAAUGGGAGUUGAUAUUGACCUCUCAUUCAAUUCGAUCACUACCCUACGAAAUCGACAGCAUAGAAAAGAAGGAGGCCAAAGAAACUAAAGAAACCAAAGAAACUAAGGAAACCAAAGAAACCAAGGAAACCAAAGAAACCAAAGAAACCAAAGAAACCAAAGAAGCCAAAGAAACCAAAGAAACCAAAGAAACCAAGGAAACCAAAGAAACCAAAGAAACCAAAGAAACCAAAGAAGCCAAAGAAACCAAAGAAACCAAAGAAACCAAAGAAACCAAAGAAACCAAAGAAACCAAAGAAACUAAAGAAACCAAAGAAAUCAAAGAAACCAAAAAAACCAAAGAAACCAAAGAAGCCAAAGAAGCCAAAGAAACCAAAGAAACCAAAGAAACCAAAGAAACCAAAGAAACCAAAGAAACCAAAGAAACCAAAGAAGCCAAAGAAACCAAAGAAACCAAAGAAGCCAAAGAAACCAAAGAAACCAAAGAAGCCAAAGAAAUCAAGGGGGCCAGAGAAAGCAAGGAAAUCACAGAAAACGAUGGAAAUAAAGAAAUGGGGACAAAUUCAGUUGUCAAGGGGGAAAACACCAAUAGUGGUGGGAAAACCUGGAAGAGGAGGAAAAAGCGCAAGCAGUUUGGUAUAUAA